AUGCACAUUCGCUCUCCCACCGCCCACCUUCAGCAAGUGUACAUCCCCACCCACCCCAUGGCCCCCCCAGAGCUGGAGCGCGCCCUGGAGGCGGACCUGAGCUUCUCCCCCGAGUUCUCGCGCUUCCGGGAGGCGGCCAAGUCCGGUAACCUCGUCCCCCUGUACGAGCGCGUCUUCUCCGACCAGCUCACCCCCGUCUCCGCCUACCGCUGCCUGGUCCGCGCCGACGACCGAGAGGCACCCUCCUUCCUCUUUGAAUCCGUGAUCAACGGUACGCAGCAGGGGCGGUACAGCUUCGUGGGGGCGCACCCGUCGCUGGAGAUCGUGGCGCACGCCAACGCGGUCACCGUGCUGGACAACGAGGCGGGGACGACCCGUAGCUUCGAGGCCCCAGACCCCCUCCAGGCAAGGGAGUGGAUGUGCUCGCCUUGGUCCCCCGUCAUCCCCGAGGGCCUGCCCCCCGUCUUCACGGGCGGAUGGGUGGGGUACGCCGGCUACGACACGGUGCGCUACGUCUACCCGGCCAAGCUGCCCUUCUCCGCCGCGCCGCCAGACGACCGCGGCCUGCCCGACCUGCACCUGGCGCUGUACAACGACGUCAUCGUGUUCGACCACGCCACCAAGCUGGCCUACGUCAUCGCCUGGGUGCACUUGGGCGCGCACGCCUCGCCCGAGGCCGCCUUCCUGGCAGGGCGCGAGCGGCUGGCCGCCACCGCCGCCGCCAUCCGCUCGGAGAACGCGCCGGCGAUGCUGGGCGCGCGCGUGAACAUGUCGCUGGGCCAGCGCCCUGCACUCUCCGCCGCCACCUCCAACAUGACCAAGGCCCAGUUCAUGGCCGCGGUGGAGCGCACCAAGGAGCACAUCCAGGCGGGGGACGUGUUCCAGCUGGUGGGCAGCCAGCGCUUCGAGCGACGCACCUUUGCCGACCCCUUUGAGAUCUACAGGCAAGGGGGUAGUGGGGGGAAGGUUGGAUGGGUGGAUGGAGGGGGGAGAGGGAGCCUGCGGGUGGUGAACCCCUCGCCGUACAUGACCUACCUCCAGGCGCGGGGCUGCAUUCUGGUGGCCUCCUCCCCGGAGAUCCUGUGCCGGGUGGGCCUGGACGGCACUGUCACCAACCGCCCGCUGGCGGGCACACGCCCGCGCGGCGCCACCCAGGAGGCUGACGAGGCGCUGGAGGCAGACCUGCUGGCCGACGAGAAGGAGCUGGCGGAGCACAUCAUGCUGGUGGACCUGGGAAGGAACGACGUUGGUCGCGUGGCCCGGCACGGCAGCGUGAAGGUCGAGGCGCUGAUGGAGGUGGAGCGCUACUCCCACGUCAUGCACAUCUCCUCCACGGUGACGGGGCGCCUGCGCCCGGGGCUGAACGCCUGGGACGCGCUGCGUGCCGCCCUGCCCGUGGGCACCAUCUCCGGCGCCCCCAAGGUGCGGGCCAUGCAGAUCAUAGAUGAGCUGGAGGUGACGCGGCGCGGGCCCUACGGCGGCGGCCUGGGCCACGUCUCCUUCGCCGGCGGGCUGGACAUGGCGCUCGCCCUGCGAACCAUGUCCGGGGCUGGUUUUGUGGCAGACUCUGACCCGGAGAAGGAGUGGGAGGAGACCGUGAACAAGGCGGCGGGGCUGGGGCGGGCCAUCGACCUCGCGGAGCAGGCCUUUGUCGGGCAGGCGGGCCGAGAGCAGGAGGGAUGA